AUGUUGGAGAAAUUGAAAGAAGCUCCUCCUGAGAAAGUCGAACAUGUGUUGAAGAUAAGUUACAAUGCCUUAGAUAAAUAUGCAAAGCAAAUAUUUUUGGAUAUAGCAUGUUUUCUCAUCGGCAAGGAUUGGAGAAUUGCCUCCUACAUGUGGAAAGACUAUAAACUUUAUCCUUUUAGUGGGAUCGACGCUCUGCAAGUCAUGUCUACGGUGAAAAUCGGAGAAAACAAUGAGCUGUUGAUGUAUGAUCUACUGAAAACUCUAGGCACACAAAUUGUGUUAAAUGAAGAUCGUAUCCCUGGUAAUCGAAGCAGGUUGUGGGUGCACAAUGAAGCCUUCUCCACACUACGGAAGAAGGAGCGUACCACAAAAGUUGAAGCCCUUGGUCUCACCUGUAAGGAAGGAUCUGAUGAAUAUUUCACAUCGGCGGAAUUUGCUCCGCUUUUGAAGUUGAGGUUCCUUAAGUUGGAUCGAGCUAUCAUGAGAGGAGAUUUUACUGGGUCUUUGAACAUCAAGUCCACUCUGAUUCUCCGGCUGCCAGAAGAGAUGAAUUCCUUGGAUAAUUUGAAAGAGCUUUUGAAUGAUAAAACUACCAUACGUCACCUUCAUUUCUUAAGAGGUUCUAUGCGGAAACUUAAAAUUCUUAGUAUUUCCAGCUGCGAAAAUUUGGCUGAAUUAUCCGAGUUUACUAAUUGUUUGGAUGAGUCCACUAUCCCAGGACUCCCAAAUUCUGUUAAGUUGUUGGAGGGACUUGCAGAGCUGUCUUUAAGAGACUGUCAGCAGAUAACUGCACUUCCGGACUCUGAUUGGAUGCUUAAGUCACUGCAGAAAAUGGAUCUGUCAAACACCAGAAUCAAGGCAUUGCCAGAAUCCAUAAGAAAUUUGGAUAGAUUGGAGGGUUAUCAUCUCUGA